AUGCCUGCUAUUCCUGACGGAGGGAAGGCCCAGCACAAGCUGACCAUGUUCCAGACAGUGUUUAGGUCCCGUCCAAUGUUUCUGAUUGACAAUAAGUUUGAGCAUUGGUUUGUGAUGGUACCACUGAUCACAGCAAAGUAUCUCCUCACAGGCUUGGCAGAGGAUCUGGCCGAGGGGAAACAACUGAGUGAUAAGGAGAAUGGCGCCAACUUACUGGGAGAUGGAGAGAUCCCGCGAGCCUAUGUGAAUCUUAUGGAGAUGCCAGAUAUUAACCUCCUGCACCAACUCGCUAACAAGGCCACUGGACCAAGGGGCUGGUGUGAGUGUUUGGCUAAACCCCAUGAAACUGUUGAUUUAUCUGCACAGAUUGUUAACUGGGACUACCAGAACACCCUUCAGGAACUGAUCUACUCUGGGAUCUAUGACAAACGCAAUGACUUCACAGUGGUUCUGCAGCCCGUUCUCAAAAACAUGGAGAUACCUCUUACUGCAGAUGGCAAACCCAAUCUUAGCUGCUUCACGCAGAAUGGCUUCCAAUUUAAUGCCAAGGGUCAUGCUCUCUUAGACAGCAGCCUUUGGAAUAACAUGGAGAGACCUUACCUCUUCACUGACCAAAACAGGAACUAUGGAAGCAGUCGGAGUAUGGAGGCAAGGGAGCCAAGCCAGGAGGUAAACUAUCUCAGAUUUCACAAGCUCAGACCAGCUGACAUAAAGGUGAUUGCUGCGCUCGGAGACUCCAUCACGUCUGGAAAUGGAGCAGGAGCAAGGCCCAAUAAUCUUUUUGAUGUUCUCACUCAGUACAGAGGACUUUCCUGGAGCAUUGGAGGAGAUGAAAAUAUAACUACUGUCACCACAUUGACAAAUAUUCUCCGUGAGUUUAACCCUUCAUUGGUCGGAUAUUCCAAUGGUACUGGCCGUGAAGACACUCCCCAGGCUUUCUUGAAUCAGGCCGUCGCAGGAGCUGAGUCUUGGGAACUGAUGAGCCAAGUCAAAAGCCUGGUGAAGCUGCUGAGCAAUGAUACGCGAAUCAAUUUUCGAGAAGAUUGGAAGAUUAUCACCUUAUUUAUCGGAGGGAAUGAUCUCUGUGAAUGCUGCAAGGAUCCUAGCAAAUAUUCUCCAGAAAACUUUACAAACAGCAUCCAGACUGCAUUGGAUUUUCUUCACAAUGAGGUCCCAAGAGCCUUUGUGAAUCUGGUGACAGUUCUCAACAUUUUACCAUUGCGUGAGCUUUUUACCAACACAGGAGUGAAUUGUCCACGGUUCCUCUUAAAGAUGCUCUGUGAGUGUGUCAUUAAUCCACAAGAUAAUUCAAUACAGUUGGAAAAACUCCAAGCCCUGAAUCGUAAAUAUCAGGAAAGAACUCAUAAGUUGGUUGAGUCUGGAAGAUAUGACACCAAGGAAGACUUCACAGUGGUUAUCCAGCCAUUUCUAGAGAAUAUUGAAAUACCACGAGACAAGAAUGGCCUGCCCGACAGAACUUAUUUUUCACCAGAUUGCUUUCACUUCAGUUUGAAGGGUCAUUCACAGGCAGCUCGGGGUUUAUGGAACAACUUGUUGGAGCCUCUUGGUGAAAAGAAUGCCAAUCAAACGUUUGAUGGUCACAUCAACAUCAGCUGUCCUUCAAAGGAGCAGCCUUACUUGAGGACAUACAGAAACAGUAAUUUUACUUAUCCAAAUAAUCCUGGGCAGCUGACGACAGUGGCCCCUGAGACCACUGAACCCACAACUGUUCCAUCGGAAGAGAUCUUUGGAAGCCAGUUACUUUGUAAGGACAGAGCUCCAUCAGACGUUAUUCCCAAUUCGGUUCACUCUCUACGACCGGCUGAUGUGAAGGCGAUCGGAGCAGUGGGCGACUCUCUGACGGCUGGCAAUGGAAUAGGAUCCAAACCUAAUGAUGUUCUGGACGUCUUAACACAGUACAGAGGCUUGUCCUUCAGGUAA